AUGUAUUCAUUAUCUAAAAGAACAUUGUUUCAACAAUUAAACAAACAAAUCACCACCACCACCACACUUAAUACCGUCAUACCAUCAAUUAAUCAUAUCUCAUCACAUCGUUAUGUAUCUACUAAAGAAUUAACUCCUUCAACAUUACCUACAGAUUUCCCAUUAAUGUCAGAAAAGAAAGCUACUAAUGCUGCUGAUUAUGUAUUAACUUCAUUAGAUAUGAUUGCUAAUUGGGCCAGAAAAUCAUCAUUUUGGCCCGUUACUUUUGGUUUAGCUUGUUGUGCAGUAGAAAUGAUGCAUGUAUCAGCACCAAGAUAUGAUCAAGAUAGAUUAGGGAUUAUUUUUAGAGCUUCACCUCGUCAAUCAGAUAUUAUGAUUGUUGCUGGGACAUUAACUAAUAAAAUGGCUCCAGCAUUAAGACAAGUUUAUGAUCAAAUGCCCGAUCCAAAAUGGGUUAUAUCUAUGGGAUCAUGUGCAAAUGGUGGUGGUUAUUAUCAUUAUUCUUAUUCAGUGGUUAGAGGUUGUGAUAGAGUUAUCCCAGUUGAUAUAUAUGUUCCAGGUUGUCCUCCAACUGCUGAAGCUUUGAUGUAUGGUGUUUUCCAAUUACAGAAAAAAAUGAUGAAAACUAGAAUCACCAGAUUAUGGUACAGAAGUUAA